CAGCGACAGCGAAAAAAAAACUAGCUGAAAGAGUGCAGGACUUCUUCCCUUCCUCUCCUUCCAAAUUCCAAAUGGUGUUGUAAUUCACACCCUCAUAAAAUUCAAGCUCUGUGAAUUCAGCUGAAUGGGAACGCUCACCGGCUGCACUUUCAGCACCCUCGAUUUCAACUUCACCCUCAAAACCCGCCAAAUUCCGGGACUGCCAUCGCCCAAGAAACCCAGGAGGAAGAGUUCUUCAUGCUUCUUGUGCAGCAGAGCGAGUGUAAAUACCCAGAGAAUUUGUUGGGUUCCGCGUAGGAAUUUUGGUAGGCUUAGAUGUUAUAGUUCUAGCGAUAAUGGUGACGGUGACGGAGAGAGUAGCAGCAGCAGCAGUGGGAGUAGUAGUAAUAAGUCAACCGACUCCACGACGAUGACGACGACGGAAGUAGACGAAGAUAAAACGCGCACGAACGACUAUGACUCUGAACCUCCAUCGGUUUCUUCCAGGCCGCCAACUAUAUCACCACUUGGGCCUGCGUACAAUAAUUUCCAAGUUGACUCUUUUAAACUGAUGGAACUCCUUGGGCCCGAGAAGGUUGAUCCUGCUGAUGUAAAGCUGAUUAAGGAAGCACUUUUUGGUUAUUCGACCUUUUGGGUGACCAAAGAGGAGCCUUUUGGAGACCUCGGUGAGGGCGUUCUUUUCCUUGGGAAUUUGAGGGGAAAGAGAGAAGAGGUAUUUGCCAAAUUCCAACGUCUACUGGCUGAGGUCACGGGUAACAAGUACAACCUUUUUAUGGUGGAGGAACCCAAUGCAGAAGAUCUAGAUCCACGUGGUGGUCCACGUGUUAGCUUUGGCUUGCUGCGGAAAGAGGUCUCAGAACCAGGGCCAACCACACUUUGGCAAUAUGUAAUUGCUUUCUUGUUAUUCCUUCUAACAAUUGGAUCAUCUGUGGAGUUAGGAAUUGCAUCUCAGAUAAAUAAACUUCCGCCAGAGGUGGUGAAAUACUUCACAGACCCAAAUGCCGUUGACCCACCAGAUAUGGAGUUGCUAUCCCCGUUUGUAGAUUCCGCUUUGCCCUUAGCAUAUGGUGUUCUGGGGGUUUUGUUGUUUCAUGAAGUUGGGCAUUUUUUGGCUGCUUUCCCAAACAAAGUAAAACUUAGCAUUCCUUUCUUCAUUCCUAAUAUUACUCUUGGUAGCUUUGGCGCCAUCACUCAGUUUAAAUCCAUUCUCCCUGAUCGGAGCACAAAAGUCGACAUAUCACUGGCGGGUCCUUUUGCUGGUGCUGCAUUGUCAUUGUCAAUGUUUGCUGUUGGCCUGCUGCUCUCAUCUAAUCCCAAUGCCACAGGAGAGUUGGUGCAGGUUCCAAGCACGCUGUUUCAAGGUUCUUUGCUUCUUGGACUCAUCAGUAGAGCCACUCUUGGUUAUGCAUCAAUGCAUGCUGCGACUGUUCCAAUUCAUCCUCUUAUGAUUGCUGGCUGGUGUGGGUUGACAACAACAGCUUUUAAUAUGCUUCCAGUGGGCUGUCUUGAUGGUGGAAGAGCUGUGCAGGGCGCUUUUGGAAAAAAUGCGCUAGUUGCCUUUGGCUUGACGACAUACACCAUGCUUGGAUUGGGGGUGCUUGGCGGACCUCUGUCACUUCCAUGGGGACUCUACGUGCUCAUAUGCCAGAGGACACCCGAGAAACCGUGUCUGAAUGAUGUAACAGAGGUUGGAACGUGGAGGAAAACAAUUGUUACAGCGGCCGUGUUCCUUGUUGUACUCACACUUCUUCCUGUAUGGGAUGAGCUUGCCGAGGAGCUAGGUAUAGGUCUUGUAAGCACAUUUUGAUGCAUCAUACGUGACAGCCGAUUUUUUGUUCGAGUCAUUUCGAUAGUGAUUCCAAUAGCCAUAAAGUUUGCGACUGCAAUACGCAUUCGAUCUAGUAAAAUUCCAUUUUUUCACUCUUUUUCGUAUUUGAUAGUUCUGAUGUGCUAGUAUUGUAAAGAUAUGAAUACAGAACAACUGUGAAAGUGAAACUAUUACAAUCUAGUUAGUGGAAAAUGUGGUUUUUCA